GGGGAACAGCCAGUUAAAAAGCACGGAAUUGGCAUUACUUCCUUUUGUGGGUUGGUGGGGAUUGAGGUGGCAGCACCAUGAAGGCCUCGGGCACCCUGAGAGAGUAUAAAUUAGUUGCAAGAUGCCUGCCUACUCCCAAAAGUCCAGUGCCACCUCUUUAUCAAAUGCAGAUCUUUGCCCCUAAUCAUGUUGUAGCAAAGUCCCGAUUCUGGUACUUUGUUUCCCAACUGAAAAAGAUGAAGUCUUCUGGAGAAAUUGUGUACUGUGGACAGGUCUUUGAAAAGACCCCUCUUCGGGUGAAAAACUUUGGCAUCUGGCUGCGCUACGAUUCCAGGAGUGGGACCCACAACAUGUACAGGGAGUACAGGGAUCUGACCACUGCUGGUGCUGUCACUCAGUGCUACCGAGAUAUGGGGGCCCAUCACCGUUCCAGGGCCCACUCCAUCCAGAUUAUGAAAGUGGAAGAAAUUCCUGCCAGCAAGUGCUGCCGGCCUGCAGUCAAGCAGUUCCAUGACUCCAAAAUCAAGUUCCCGCUGCCCCACAGAGUCCUGCCUCGCCAGCACAAGCCAUGCUUCACUACCAAGAGGCCCAACACCUUCUUCUAAGUGCAAAGAUAAGGAGGCCCAUGUUGCAUUCGUCUGUUUAAAUAAAUCUCCCAAUUGGAAAAAAAUUCAAAAAUUAAAAGCAGGGAAUCAGGAGAGGCAGCAACACUAAGGAGGUCAGUUUUCUAGAUCAGAGAACAUAGAGGACAAUAAGGUGUAAGAUGACUGGAAAUGGAGGAAGGGGACAGGUUGUGAAAGUCUUGAAAAGCCAAACAAUUUUUUAUUUGAUUCAGAAGGUAAUUACAAUUUGUUGUUGUGGUGGUGGUGGUGGUUGUUUGUCCUUUGUGCUCUAUGAGGACCAUGACAUCAGGAGGAUUUAAGUGAGGGAGGACUGUGAAAAGUCACUGGCCUCACUCUUUCUUCCAGAGCCAUCUGGGUCCACUGGCAAGACAUUUAUCAGUAUGAGUAGAGAUGGCUCCCAGAUGUUUAAGGCAACUGGGAUUGAGUGACUUGCCCAGGGUCACACAGAAUCAUUGAAUGAUGAGGUGAGAAGCCAGACUACAGAGUUAAAAAAGUGAAAAGAAGUAGAAGAAUGGGAGGAAAGUUAUGGGGUGACAGCUAGUGGGGAUGGGAAGAUUAAAUGAGAGGUCUUUCUGAGGCUCGG